AUGUACAAAUUUUUAUCAAUUAUUUGUGUUGCUCUUUUUCUCUCGGCUACAGUAGCUGAGAAAUCAAAAACUGAACAAGCUGCUGAAACUGCUGCGCAAAUUAAAGAUAAAAUUGUUGAAACAGUAAAAGAUGCAGCUAACACAGCAUAUGAUACCGUUUCACCUAAAGUUGCUGAAGGUACUGAAUAUAUCAAAGACAAAUCUGCUGAUGGUGUUGAAUAUUUGAAAGAUAAAGCACAAGAAGCCUAUGACGCUGGAAGUAAACAUGCUAGUGAAUAUGCUGAUGUUGGUAAGUAUCUUGGUAUGUUGAUAAAUAAGUUCUUAUUUGAUAUUUUAGCAAAAGAAAAAUUAGCUAAAGUUGCUGAUGAUGUUAAAGUUUCAGCUCAAAACUUUGCUGCUGAUUCAGCUAAAUUAAGUCAAGAAUAUGCUCAAGAAGGUUUGGAACAAGGUCGAAAAUUGGGUGAACAAGCUUUUGAAGUUGGAAAAGAUAAAGCUAAUGAAGCACUCAAAGCUGCAAAAAAGUCAGAUGCAUAUGAAGCUUCACUUGAGUAUGGUGCUGAUGGUAUUAAAAAAGGUCGAAAAUUGGCUGAACAAACAGUCGAAUUAGGCAGAGAUAAAGCUAAUGAAGCAUUGAAAGCCGGUCGACAUGCUAGUCAAGAUGCAUUUGAAUCAACUAAAGAAUAUGCUCAAGAAUCGCAAAAGCAAGCAAAGAAAAAAGCUACAGAAGCUGCUGAAGAAAAGAGUGAAGCAAUACAAAAAGCUAAAAGAAAACCGACUGAAUUUUAA